ACGACUGCCGCCAUGCAUGCCACUGCACUGCCCCGGCCCCCACACCCACUUGGCCUGACCCGGAGCCGAUGCUACGCGGUGUCUCUGUCAGUGCUGUUACAGCGUGCAACAAGCAACGAUGCCGUUAAGGGCUGUGCUGCUCCACAUCGGAGAGAAAGACCAAGCAAAUACUAGAGUAAUUCAGCAAAUGAGGAGUAUUGGAUCUCCAACCUUGCUAGAAGAUGAAGCUGAUCAUAUACCCAUCCCUGGGACUGAUUUAUUUGUGCGCAUCUUGGAUGCAGCACUCCAGUCUGCGGGAGUCCCAGAGACCAGCAGAGGUUGAUGACCACUGGAGAGUCUCACGGGACGAGGUGGUCGUUCUGAAUGAGGGGAUGCUGGGGUCUGGGGCCUGGGGCUACGUGGCCAAGGGAGAGUUUCGAGGGAAGAGAGUGGCAGUCAAGUGCCUGCACAGGGAGAUUGUGGUCAGCCAGACUCUGCAGCGAGUCCACAGAGAGAUCCACACCAUGGCCAGCAUCAGACACCCCAACAUCGUCCUCUUUGUUGCCGCAGUACUGGACAGUGAAGGCCACCACUCAUCGUCUCUGAACUUCUCGACACCAACCUCCGAUCAGCCUACCAAAACCACCAGCUGA